UGAGCAGGAAAAAAAACAGAAAGAGAGAAGCUCGCUGAAAUACAUAUUCCACGAAGUAACUUUAGACUAUGUGUGAAUGAAGCAAGUAGCAUUUCCCAUGUAGUCACAGUGAUGGCAGGGGAACGAUGGCUUGAACCUAACUGGCAGGACAGCGCUGAUGCUGGACACUACCUCAGCUUACUGCUAAGAGGGAACCAGCGCAGACAAUUCGGUCUGCUUGAGGAGCCUGCACAUGGCCAGUCUGGAGCGUGUGUUCUCAAAUACAAGAUCUUGCUGUGGGGGAAAGCUGGUGUUGGAAAGACAAGCACUGUCGCCAAACUGUGUGGCCUAAAAGUGCCACCCUUGCAUUACGAAACACCCGGCGUUCGUGUUACGUCAACGUAUUGGCCAGCCAAGCUGGAGAAGCAAGGGAAGGUCGUUUUCUUCCGAUUUGAGUUCUGGGAUGUUGGUGACAAAGCCUGUGCCAAAUUCGACCAUAUGUUGCCGGCGUGCAAAGACAAAGCGGAUGCUGUGAUGUUCCUGUUUUCCUUCACUGAUAGGGCAUCAUUUGAAGAUCUUCCUAACCAGAUGUCACAGUUACUUCCGAAGGACAGCAAUGUCUUGAAACUGGUCGUUGGUACCAGAUUUGAUCUCAUCUCGCGAAGUGAUGUCACCGAAGCAGAGCUUAGGGUGUUCGCCCAGCAAUUUGAUAUCCCGGUGCUGCGCAUUCGAAACGUCGUCACACGACCUGCAGCCACUGGUGGCCAUGCUGUUGAUGGCAGAGCCAGCCUUCAUGAGAUAGCACCACUGAUGAACACCGUUGGUGAGUUUCUGCUGGAGCGCGAUCAGCGAAUGGCCAACCCCAGGUCGGCUGCCACCACGUCUUCUUUGUCGCUUCCACUCGUGAACAUUGCCACUGCACUGCCACGCGCGCCACACCAGCAAGCGCCGCGCAUUGACCGAGCAACUCCGCAACCCGGUAAGAACCCCCUGCCACCGUCCAAUACGCCAACGUUGGGUGUCAGCAGUAAUGAAAGCCACAACCCCAUCGGCCCGGGCCGUCGCAUGCCGCCAACCAUCCGCGCACCGCCAGCCGUUGCUGCGGAGGCGGGGAAAGUGUUUCAGCGCUCGGACUACACACCACCGCUGCAACGAGGUGCAGACGCAGCCGAGCGGACACUGAAACAGAAGAGUCUCACUGAGAUGCACUCCCAUGGACAGUCUAGCUCGGCUGGCCAUGGUGCUGCGAACAUUGUACAAAAGCAGCCGAGAACACUCAGCCUCUCCGACAUUCCUCGGUCGAAGCCAGCAGGGGUCAAGCCGUCCGUGUCUGAUUUCUCCCUUGGCAGCAUCGCCAGCUCCACACCUUCUACGCCAGGGAGUGGUGGGGAAUACAUUGGCUUGCUGUCCGAGCCGAGUAGCAGAAGUAACUCUAUGCCGAGGCAGGUUCAGAGACCCACUGUAAGUAGACCCACCACUGAUGUUUAGAGGUGCCGUCCUUUCUAGCACUGGGAUGCUUGUAUGCAGAUUUAAAAGCUCGUAUUUUAUUAAAAUCUAUUAUUAUUCUAAGUUGAAAUUGUUCAUAAGUUCUGUUAUGCACCCGGGGGCGUCUUGCGACCCAGGCUUGCAUGACACCAUCGACACGUCACUUGUAACAUCGGCAAACUGUGACUUGGAGUUUUGAGAAUGCUAGAAUGUUUCUUCUUGAGGUUGAAUCUGAUUUUCGAGAAUUCGUUUGUUGCCUCCCGAAUCUGCUAUUUAGUGACCUUGAUCUCUUCUUCUUUUUUUCUGUUUUUCUUCGUUUGUUUUUGUUUUGUUGUAUGACUCCUUGACAAUUUGCUGCUGUGCCACCUUGUGUGCAUCUUGAUCACUAGCUGUUAGUUGGCAUUCAUCCUUUGAGGUCUUCUUUGUCUGGUUAAAACAGUCCCCACACACCGUAUGAUACCAUGGUACAUGUAUAUGCUGCGAGGAGUCAUGGCUCGUAAUCAAUCCAUUGCUUGUACAUUUUCUUGGAGGUGUUGGCCUUGCUGAUAACAUUGCUUGUACUGGCAGGAGUACAUGUACAUAUCCCCAGUGCAAUGUGGCUUUACUUGUA